AGUUUAUAUAGCAUUUACUUUAAGCUGUCAAACCACAAAAGUACAAAUUUACUGAAAAAAAAAUGUCUAUACACAAUAUAUCUUAACAUGUUUAAUGUGUUUAAUACAUGUUGGUUUAGAACCAAUCUCAACCAGAAAUUUUGAGGAAUAUCAACACAGUUAAGCCUUCCAAGCACUGUACUUAUCAAGAGAGUUGCGUAUGAUACUUUAGAGUAAAGCAAUGCCUUUCCCAAUUCUAUCUGAUUGAUUAAUCCCUGACCAUUUCUUUCAUUCUCCCAUCUGUCAAAGGCAUGACUUGUCAAGCACGGACAUCGUACACGGAGGACGAGGUGCUCUGGGGCCACAGAUUCUUCCCGGUCAUCUCUCUGGAGGAGGGAUUCUUUAAAGUGGAUUAUUCUCAGUUCCACGCUACAUUUGAGGUUUCCACACCUCCCUACAGCGCAAAGGAGCAGGAUGAGGCAUUACUCAUGUCCUCUCCACUCAUGGCCCCAUCACUGUGCAACAGUAGAGAGAAGGACAGCUCCCCGGACUGUCUGGAGCUGCUGGAAGAUCUAGAGAACACCAGUAAAUUACCAACCAAGGUACAGAAAAUGACAGGUAGAGAAGGGCUGCCCAGGAAGCUGCUGAGAAUGAGCUCCACCACAUCAGAGAUGACAUACAGCCUUGGCGAACUGCCCAUGAAGCUCCAACGCAUCAGUUCUGUGCCUGGGGUCUCCGAGGAAAUGCAGGUUACCAAGGCGACUAAGAUUUCCACAGAGGCCAUCAGCAAGUCGGUUGCAGACUUGCCGCCGAAACUUCAGAGAAUGGCUGGGGGAGGAGGUCGCAUGGACGGACACCUGCCACCCAAACUCCGAAAGAUGAAUUCUGAUCGUUUCACAUAGAAUAACUUUUUUCUGUAGCAACAGUCAAAUUAUGAUUCAAGAUAUUUAGCGCGUGUGUGUAUAUAUAGAUAGAUACACCAUUUAUGAUACUAAUGUAGGUUAAUGUAAUUUAGAACAUCUGUUCCUGUGGUGGGUUCAUAUGCUGUAAAGAGACUCUUUCAGAUUGCUGUUACUACAAGCACAAUCUGGUAUGGAUGACACCCUUAAGUGCAUGUUAGAAUACUUCUCUCCCUCUUAUGGCAUGACAAGCUGUACAUAUUUAUUUGCCAAGGAAAUGUUAGCAAAUAUUAUUUUCUCCAAGCCAUAUGGUGAUAUAUCAGACAAUUCCUCCUACAUGGCUAAUUAGCGAUUACUCAUGUCAUAAAGUUAAGUUGUUCACCAUAAUACCACUAUACUGAGCUUAUCUUACAAUGCAUGUGCACACACACACACACACACACACACACAGAGAGAGAGAGAGAGAGAGAGAGAGAGAGAGAGAGAGAGAAUAGUAAAGCUAUUGAUGAACACUGAAGAAACAAAAUUACUGAGACUUGUCAUUACUGAGCUUUUUAAGAAUGAGAAUAUCAGAAAUAGGAAAUCAAUUGGUAAAAGCUGGUAUUUGUCACCUCAUUUAGAAUAGUUCACCCCAAAAUGCUUUUGUUUCUCUCCCUCAGGUUGUUGGAAAUCCGUCUUGCUUUCUUUUGAGAAACACAGAAGUAUAUGAUUUGCAUAAAGUCCAUGCUGCAGUUCCAGGGCCUGUCAAAGUUAAAAUAAGAAGAAAAGAAAUAGAAAUCAAAACAUUGGUCCAAAGGAAUGUACACUAUAUUCCAAGCUGAACAUUUUCUCCUUCAUAUUAAUGGGUUUGAAUGAAGAUGAGAAUAGAAAUUCCAUUUUUGGAUUAACUAUCCCAUUUACUGUAGCAGAGCAAUAAUUUAAUGGCUGAUGAAUACCAAAAUCAAGAUCAAAAUCAAACCAAAAAAAAAAAAAGCCAUUCCUAGUUUGAUUUCACUGAAAAUAU